UUGCCCCCUGUUGUCACUAAUCUUUUGCAGGAGUAUGCGGAUGUUUUUCCAAAGGAGGUGCCACCGGGGCUGCCCCCAAUUCAUGGGAUUGAGCACCAGAUUGACCUUAUUCCUGGGGCCUCCUUGCCCAAUCGUGCACCAUACAGGACCAACCCUGAAGAAACUAAAGAAAUUCAGCGCCAAGUGCAAGAAUUGCUCGACAAAGGUUACGUGCGUGAGUCUCUGAGCCCCUGCGCUGUUCCUGUCCUUUUGGUUCCUAAGAAAGAUGGAUCUUGGCGCAUGUGUGUAGAUUGCCGAGCGAUUAAUAACAUAACAAUCAGAUAUUGUCAUCCUAUCCCUAGGCUAGAUGAUAUGCUUGAUGAAUUGAGUGGCUCAAUUGUGUUCUCGAAAAUUGAUUUGCGUAGUGGUUACCACCAGAUUCGCAUGAAAUUAGGAGAUGAAUGGAAAACAGCAUUUAAAACUAAAUUCGGUCUAUAUGAGUGGUUAGUCAUGCCUUUUGGUCUCACUAAUACACCCAGCACUUUCAUGAGAUUAAUGAAUGAAGUUUUACUCUCUUUUCUUGGCUAUGUUGUGACACCGCAGGGAAUUCAAGUCGAUCAAGCCAAGGUUGAACCCAUUCACAGCUGGCCGUCCUUAAAACACAUUCGAAGUCAAGCAAAACUGAAUCGUAGGCAUGCUAAAUGGGUUGAAUUCAUUGAAUCUUUCCCUUAUGUCAUCAAACACAAGAAAGGGAAGGAGAAUAUCAUUGCUGAUGCUUUGUCUAGGCAUUACACUAUGUUGUCCCAACUUGAUUGCAAAAUUUUUGGCUUGGAAACGAUUAAAGCACAAUAUGCUCAUGAUGAUGAUUUUAAGGAUGUGUUGCUGAACUGUAAGGAGGGGAAAACUUGGAACAAAUUUGUCCUAACUGAUGGGUUUAUUUUUAGAGCUAACAAGCUAUGCAUUCCGGCUAGCUCCGUGCGUUUGUUAUUACUGCAGGAAGCACAUGGAGGAGGGCUGAUGGGACACUUUGGUGUGAAGAAGACAGGAGACAUCCUUGUGUUCUCGCUACAACCUGCUGGUUUUGUCGACUACGUCUGCAAGCUAUCCAAGUCGUUGUAUGGCCUCAAACAAGCGCCCUGGACAUGGUUUCACUGGUUUACCGAGGUUGCUCGCUCUCUUGGAUUUCAGCCGACACGCUCCGAUGUUUCGCUCUUCACUCUACGCCACAGGACCGAGAUGGCCUUUCUUCUGCUCUACAUCGAUGAUAUCAUCUUGACGGCCUCAUCUGAUGCGCUCCUGCACGGCAUUGUUGCUCGUCUUGGUGCCUCGCUUGCCAUCAAGGAUCUGGGACCAGUUCACUAUUUCCUUAGCGUCCAGCAACCUACAGUCUCAGGAUCAAGUGCAGAAGCAGAAUAUCGUGGUGUGGCAAAUGCAGUUGCAAAGUGUGUCUGGUUACAACAGCUGCUUUCUGAGCUCGGCAUUCACAACGACAAAGCUACUAUAGUUGCUCUUGGUCAGCUCCGGAUACUUUGCGUUCCCACAGAUCAACAGUUUGCCGAUAUCAUGACAAAAGCUUAG